AUGGAACACACAGAAGAACACUUUGCUAUAGUAGGCAUCGGAUGUCACUUUCCUGGAGGUGAGGGAAUAGACAACUUCUGGAAGGUUCUUCUGGAGGGAAGGAACUGUGUAGUAGAGAUCCCGAAUGAGAGGUUCAGCAGCAAGUCCUGGUACGAUCCUGAUGACAGCAAGGCAGGAAAAUCACGGACUACUAAAGCAGCUCUCACUGAUGGGUUCAACGCAUUCGACCACAAGCUCUUUGGCAUUACUGAGGCUGAGGCUGACCGCAUGGAUCCUCAGCAGAAACUGCUCCUGGAGUGCACCUACAGGGCCCUGGAGGAUGCUGGGAUACCAAUGGAGAAAGCCAGCGGAACCAGAACAGGAGUUUACAUUGGUACUUUUUUAUUUUGUGGAAUGCUGCUGGAAAACAAAAAUCCAAACACAAUAAACCACUACAAUGGCACGGGGACAGCAAUGAGCAUCGCCGCCAAUCGGAUUUCCUACACCUUCAACUUCACGGGGCCCUCGUUCGCCAUCGACAGCGCCUGCUCCUCUUCGCUCGUGGCUCUUCACUCUGCCUGCCAGGCCAUCAGACAAGGGGACUGCGAAAUGGCAAUUUGUGGAGGUGUCAGCUGCAUCGUCGAGCCACGAAUGUUUGUCGUCCUCAGCAAAGCAAACAUGAUUUCGCCUGAAGGCACCAGCAAGCCCUUCUCCAGCAAAGCAGAUGGCUAUGGAAGAGGGGAGGGCUGUGGGAUUGUCUUACUGAAGCCCCUGCAAAAGGCUAAGAGGGAUUUUGACCACGUGUGGGGCAUCGUAUGCAGCACUGCUGUAAAUCAAGAUGGCCGCUCUGUCACCCCAAUCACCAAACCAUCCAUGGCCCAACAGCAGGAGCUCCUUCGCACAAUUUACCCUGCACAGAUUGAUCCAUCACAUGUCCAGUACGUGGAGGCUCAUGGGACUGGAACCCCGGCAGGAGAUCCCACAGAAGCUGGCAGCAUCUCCAAAGUCAUAGCCAAAGCCCGCCCCCCAGGAUCCCCAGCGCUUUGUGUCGGCUCUGUGAAAGGUAACAUUGGGCACACCGAGUCUGCAGCGGGGGUGGCAGGGCUCGUCAAGGUCCUGCUGAUGAUGCACCAUGAAACCAUUGUCCCCUCCCUCUUCUAUUCUGAGGACAACGCAAGCAUCGAUUUCCAGCUGAUCGAUAUUGGUUCUGUAAGUAGCGAGGACAUUACAGCACUGGCUCAGAUUAUUAAUUCACACACAGGCCACAGGUACCCAGAAAUUGUAAUAAGCAAAGGUCAGAUUUUCACAACUGAAAUUACACGUACAACAAUAAGAAAUAUAAGUCAAUAUCAAAGGAAGGCCUUGUCUUCAGAUCCAGAAUGUUUCACUCUGCAGACUGCUAAUCCGUACAAAAUGACAGGCCUGAGUGCCAGUCCCUCUACUGAUACGGAGAAACCUUCUAUGACACAAUGUGUAGAGGUUCAGAUGAAUACAAUGUGUGUUCACUCUUCAGAUUACUUUCCCGUCAGCCUCUCAGAUUUGGAAUUUGGCCAGACGAUAUACUGGAGUGAACACGCAUCUCAAAACCACAAACUCCUAGCACUCGACUUCAGUGGUAAAGUUACAGCUGUGGGUAGUGAUGUAAGCAAACUGAAAGUAGGAGAUCACAUUGUCUCCUGCUACCCUGUGGUUGCUUCCUCCAAAGUCACAAUUCCUGAAGCUGUGUGCUAUAAUACAAAGAAAUUCCCCUUUCUUGUGGAAGUGCCAUGUUUAUCCUACUUUAUACUGUCUUGGGAAAUCCUGCAUUGUGCAUUGCCCAGACUGAAACAGCAGAGGAAGCUGGGCAUUGUCUGCACUGCACCAGAGUCAAGCCUGCUCCAGGUUUUGGUGCUUGCAGCUAAUAAAUCAGGAUGGGUUACUGUAGCUGGAACACAGUUCAGUGGACUGUUACAGAACAUAAACAGGUGUGAUGCUUUCGUUUUCUUGCCUCCCUUUGAUGCAGAUUCAGUUGCAAAGGCAUGUAGUGUUUCUAGUGCCAAAGAUGUCAUUGUUGUCUGUGAUAAUCAGCUGUCACCCUCCAUCUCACAGAAAAUCUUUCCAAGUAAAAAUGAAAAUGUUCACAUUUUGCCCCUUCAGGUAUUUAAUAUUUUUCAAAAGGCCUAUCUCAAGAAACAAAAAAGGAAAAUCUUUAGCUGGAUAAAAUCGUUGAAUUUGGAAAAGAAAUCUUUACAUCUCAACCGUAUCACAUUGGGCAGCACUGACUUCCUACACCUUCAAGGCCCUGAAUCUUAUUUCUGUUGUAAAACUGUGCCUGUAAUUGUGCUGGCUUGGGCACCAAAGAAGAUCAUUUCUGAUAUUCCAGUGCUCGAGAUUGAAAAGCAGCUUUUCCAGCAAAACUCAGUUUAUAUGGUGACAGGGGGACUUUCAGGUUUGGGAUUUGAGACGGUGAAGUUUAUUGCAGAACGGGGAGGGGGGUGUAUCGUCAUUCUUUCCAGAAGUGCUCCUUCAGCAGAAAAGCGAGUAGAGAUCACUAGUCUACAAAAUCAAUUUGGAGUCUCUGUUAUUAGCUUGCAGUGUGAUGUUUCAGUUUCCGCACAUGUUAUGAAAGCCAUCACUGACAUUGGACAGAGGUUUCCUUCUUGUCCCAUCAGAGGGGUUUUCCACAGUGCAGUUGUCUUGCAUGAUGGAUUAAUUGACAUUCUGGAAAAAUCACACUUUGAAAAAGUUCUGAGACCUAAGGUUAAUGGUGUGCUAAACCUGCAUUAUGCAACAAGAAACUGUAAACUAGAUUACUUUGUAUGUUACUCUUCCAUUACAUCAUUCAUUGGAAAUUCUGCUCAAACAAAUUAUGCUGCUGCAAAUUCAUUUCUGGAUGUGUUUUGCCAUUACCGGAGAAACCUUGGACUUUCUGGACAAUCCAUUAAUUGGGGGGCCUUGAAUCUUGGUCUCCUACUGAACCAGGAACAUUUCCAACGAUUUCUUGAGGCAAAGGGAAUGAUGAUCAUGGAAGUGCCAGAGAUUCAUGAGUGUCUUGAACACUGCUUGCUGCAGAACAAUGCUCAGCAGGUUGUGUGCAAGUUUAGCUUCAGGAACCUAAGCAAUCAUGUUCUUUCUCAAAAUGCCUCUUUAAGAAUGCGCUUACUGGCUUUGGUGACAGAAGAACUGAACAACACUAAAGUAACAGAAUCACAGGCUGAAAAUACUCUCGUCUCUUCACCCGAUGAGUAUGUUAAGUCUCUGCUCUGUGAAGUAGGUAAUGUUGAUCUUGAUGAGAUGAGAAAUGACACAACUCUUUCUGCACUGGGUAUUGAUUCAAUGUUAGCAAUGACUCUGCAAAACCGCAUCUUUCAAGAAAGAAAAAUGAAUGUUCCACUUGUAAAACUUCUAGAUCCGACCGCAACAGUUUCUUCUCUGGUGUUGGUUCUCCAGGAGAAUGUUGAGAUAGAAUUACAGAAUGAGGAUCAGAAAAUGUCUUUGAGCAUGACUGAGAAAGCUUUCUCUUGCUGA